UCAAAAUCCCACUCUAUCCGGACCCUGGACAGAUUACACUCAUCGAGGCUGAGGGAGUCUAGGCUGGUAGAUGGUUGGGCGGAGGGAGUCAGGGCCUCUGAUUCUCCCAUCGCCACGGCCCGACGGUGUCCCUGGUGCAGCUCUGGGACAGUGAGCACGGCCAGAUCAAGAAGCACAACCAGCAGCGGUAAUAAUGAAGCAGUCCGUGACUUUUGCCGGAGGCAUAUUAGCAGCGAGGCUGGAAAAUGCGCACGUCUCAACGAGACAAACAUACCGCAGGAGCGUUGCGAUGUGAAGCAGAUGGAAUAUCGCCGCCGCAAUUAUGAAAAUUGCCAUGGUACUGUCCUCAAACGCUUCUGGUUAGCGGCUCCUAGUCAUGUGCAGAGCCACCCGAGAGAGGUUAUUCCAGUGGAACGAGACAAUUUCUGCUUACACAUGUUUACCGCCAACAGCAUCCCCCUGAUCCACCAUCAGGAGGAAUGCGGUAGUAAUCAUUGUCCAGCAUGGCAAGGACCUGCCCCAGGCUGUGAGAAAAGGCAACCGGGCGCCAGUUGA